AAACUGGAAACCACCUUUUGCGUGGAAGAUGGCGGGUGGCGUGGACGGCCCCAUAGGGAUCCCGUUCCCGGAUCACAGCAGCGACAUCCUGAGCAGCCUGAACGAGCAGAGGAACAACGGGCUGCUGUGCGACGUGGUCAUCCUGGUGGAAGGCCAGGAGUUCCCCACCCACCGCUCCGUCCUGGCGGCGUGCAGCCAGUACUUCAAGAAGCUCUUCACCUCAGGGUUAGUGGUGGACCAGCAAAACGUGUAUGAGAUAGACUUUGUGAGUGCGGACGCCCUGUCGGCGCUGCUGGAGUUCGCCUACACCGCGACCCUCACUGUCAGCACUUCGAACGUCAACGACAUCCUCAACGCGGCCACUCUGCUGGAGAUCCCGGCCGUCAGGGAUGUCUGCACGGAUCUCCUGGACAGGAAGAUUCUGGCCAAAAAUGACCAGAUGGAUACAGUAGAUCAAAUUGAUCAGAGGAACCAUCUCAGAGCAAAAGAGUACCUGGAGUUCUUCCAGAGCAACCCCGUCAACGGCCACCAAGGCAGCUUUCCGUGGACCAACCCAGAGUUGAGAGACCUUCAGAGACUGAACUUCCGAGGCCAAGAGGAGGAGGAGGAGUCGAACUGCAACGGCCUGGACUUCUACUCGCAGGCCACCCCAACCGAAAGACCAAAGGCAAGUGACUGUGACCCUGACAGCAACCCGGCCAUGUGGCUGGACCGGGAGGAGGAGGAGCCGGUCACCACCGGCAUGUUCUCACCUUCCCAGAACGGACAUUACAGCAGCCGUGGCUUGGCCACGCCGGGAGAAGAGGAGGGGGGGACCCCCCGGGGGCCUCUGGACCCGCAGGAAGCCGGCGACUCGCCCGGCUUCAUCCCCGCCGGGGCGGAGACGGAGGACGACGCGCGGGAGGUGGACGACUUGGCCGCCAGCGCCCUCCUGCAGCAGAUGAUCAACUCGGUGGGGCGGCAGCAGCUCGGGGACGACGACCGCAAGGACGACGACGGGGUCAUGGAUUAUUACUUGAAAUACUUCGGCAGUUCGAACGAGGGCGACGUCUACCCGUCCUGGUCCCAGAAGGAGAAGAAGAUCAGGGCCAAAGCAUUCCAGAAGUGCCCCAUCUGCGAGAAGGUGAUCCAGGGCGCCGGGAAGCUGCCGCGCCACAUCCGCACCCACACCGGGGAGAAGCCCUACGAGUGCAACAUCUGCAACGUCCGAUUCACCAGGUAGGGGC